AUGCAGCUCACUCUUCUCGCAUCCCUUGCUGUCCUUUGCUCCUCUGCUUUCGCUGCCCCUGCUGAACGCCGCGGUGAUUCAGAGAUUGAUGUCAUCGCCUAUGUGGAGAACGUCUUGAACGACGCAGAAAUCACCGUCGCCAAGCGGGAUGGCUUGGUUGAAGUCCUCGCUUAUGUGGAGAACGUCUUAAACGACGCAGAUAUCACCGUCGCCAAGCGUGAGGACUUGGCUGACGUCAUUGUUGCUGUUACCAAUGAUUUGAACAAUCUUGAUGUGAACGUCCUGACCAAGCGUGAAGACUUGGCUGACGUCAUCGUUGCUGUUACGAAUGAUUUGAAUAACCUUGAUGUGAACGUUCUUACCAAGCGGGAGACUCUGGCUGAAGUCAUCGUUGACGUCCAGGAUGAUUUGGAUAAUCUUGAUGUGAACGUUCUCACCAAGCGGGAGACUUUGGCUGAAGUCAUCGUCGAUGUCCAGGAUGAUUUGGAUAAUCUCGAUGUGAACGUUCUUACCAAACGAGAUGAUGCUUUGAUCGGCGUCGACGUCAUUGUUGACGAUGUUCUCAACGAUGCCGAUAUCAACAUCCUUUAG